AUGCCGACUGCCACUCGGAAUCUCUACAAUGCCGGUGCCAAACUCCCGAAACUCCGUACGGGCUACCAGACAACAAUCUCGAAGUCUUCUUCUUCUUCUCCUUCUCCAUCAACAUCGACUCCGAGCAAACAGUUGGCCAUACCAAUGGGUACCAGCAGAGAACUACCGAUGCCGAUUGUCACAAGGAUCACCAGUCUUGGGCAGGCACAAGCUACACUUCAGCACUGUGCAACGAAGCUCUCCAGAUCGUGGCAGAGCAAUCCUGGACGCUCGUCGCCGCCGCCCUCGCCCAUCGACGCGUACGGUCGACGACACUUUCAGCAGUGGCUUGAGCAAUGGGAACAAGCGUUCACGGCCUACCUCUCUUUCGCGAUGCCUAGCAUGAAGACGGAGGACAUCACGCAAUGUCGCGUCCUCAAGGCGAAUCACCUUUCAUGCACCAUACUGGCCUCUCAGGGCUCGUCGUUCGACAAGUUCGACAGCGAAUUCCAGGCUAUCGUCGAACUAGCAGGAGCAGUCCUGCAAUCUCGAAGGCAGAAACCCAACUCUCGCUCUCAGUCGCCAGAGGCCUUCUCCGAGAUUCUGGAUGUGCGCGAGCCGCUCUACGUUGUCGCCGCUCGCUGCGACCGUGCCUCAACUCGCGCUCAGGCGAUGGAGUUGAUUCGUCGAGGCAGCCCUCGUUGA